AUGUCAUUAACAUCAAUAUUUUAUUGUUUCAUUGUUAUCUUUAGCUGCGUCGAAGCAAUUUUAUCCAUUAGCCCGAAUCAAGUUCUGGCCGAGGAUCCUGUUUAUGGUGGGACGCCUCUACAUUGGGCCAAAACCGCUGAGAUGAGUCGUCUACUGCUAGAUCGAGGGUGUAAUGUUAACUACCUGAGCAAAACUGGAGAGAGUCCAUUACACAUCCUAACCAAGAGGGGGCGCUUUGAGGCUGCAAUGACAUUGCUGACCCAUGGAGCCGACCCCAAUAUUAAGGGCCAGGAUGGAAAUACAGCUCUUCACCUUGCUAUGAAGUUGGAUCACAUGGACCUGAUUAAAGCUCUCAUGGUGUUUGGAGCGGACGUCGAGGUUUACAAUGAUCUCGGAGAGACACCGGGACUCAUCGCGGCCCGCACCAGCAAGGGGCCCAACCGCAAGGUGCUCUUGAACAUGCUGUGUAGUGUAGGGGUUGAACGGUGUCACCCCCCCUCCCGCGACACCCCUCCCCCAAGAGUCAGCAAAGCUCCGCCUCCUGCUCUAGGGUUUGAUGACAUUGUGCAUGUGGCGGCAGCUGUUGCUGCCAUGAGCAGAGGAUAUACAGAGGUAGACGGGCCCGAGAGAGGAUGCAAGAAAAUGGAGAGAUUGCUGUGCCUUGAUGGUGGAGGAAUAAAGGGUCUGGUUCUGAUCCAGUUGUUGAUCGCUCUGGAGAAAGGGUCAGGUCGGCCCAUUAGGGAACUCUUUGACUGGGUUUCUGGAACCAGCACUGGGGGCAUUUUGGCCUUAGCUAUUGUACACGGUAAAUCGAUGGAGUAUCUGCGCUGUUUGUACUUCAGAAUGAAGGAAGAGGUGUUUAAAGGCCCCCGGCCGUAUGAGUCUGGGCCACUGGAAGAUUUUCUCAAGAAAGAGUUUGGGGAGAAUACCAAGAUGGCGGAUGUCACACACCCAAAGGUGAUGGUGACUAGCGUACUUGCAGACAGGCAUCCAGGAGAACUGCAUCUGUUUAGAAAUUACGACCCACCGGUCCUGCAAAGAAGCCCUCCGUACACGUCUACGGCCACGUUUAAACCCCUAACUGUACCACAAGAACAAUUAGUUUGGCGUGCCGCCCGCUCCAGCGGAGCCGCUCCUACGUAUUUUCGGCCAAUGGGUCGCUUUCUGGAUGGAGGUCUGCUGGCCAAUAACCCGACGCUAGAUGCCAUGACGGAAAUGCAUCAGUACAACAAAGCCCUAAAGGCACAGGGCCGUGAGAUGGAGGUUUGCAGGUUAGGUGUGGUGGUCUCAUUGGGUACCGGUAAACCACCACAGGUUGCUGUGACCUCGGUGGACGUUUUCAGGCCUUCGAACCCUCUGGAGCUCGCCAAGACCUUCUUUGGAGUCAAAGAACUGGGCAAGAUGCUUGUGGACUGUUGCACAGACUCAGAUGGCUGUGCGGUGGACCGUGCGAGCGCCUGGUGUGAGAUGGCCGAUAUAAACUAUCACAGGUUGAGUCCUCAGCUGUCUCAAGAGGUGAUGUUGGAUGAGGUCAGUGACUCUGUGUUGGUUGACAUGCUGUGGGAGACUCAGAUGUACCUGUAUGAGCACAGAGACGUUAUACAAACCAUCUGCCAGCAGCUGCUGCAGCUCUGACACAACACAAACUCUUACAGAUACCUACAAGCUUAAUAUGCAAAAAAGUUAUGCACUUGUUUACAUUGGUGUAUAUAACAUAUAAAGUUUUAUUUGUGUGAUACACAAGUUGGACUGAGGUCAAAACGACAUACAUGAAGUAUAUGACUAUAAAGUAUAUGAAGAAGAGUGUUGUGAAGUGCUUUACAUAUUUUUAUGGAUGCUAAUAUUCUCAGUAUUUCUGUGUGUGUCAUUUUCAAAAACAGGGCAAACUUGUAGCUUUCUCUAAAUAGUUUUUUAUGUAAAUGCAUUCAUUUAACUAUUUAACAAUCUAAGAUUAAUGGGGGGAUGUUUUUCAAUCUAUCAUGUAUUGGAUUUGUAUACUUGAAUUUGUGUAUUUCUCAGUCUAUGACAGAUAGAAGUCGUAAUUAAAGAUAAUACUGAAGUUUCUUUAAACAAUGAAGAAGAUCAAGCACUCAGUACCUCCUGCAUUCCUCAUUAGCAUUGUUUUGAAUUCAUUUUUGUUUUGUGUUUUUGUAACAUGCUUUUUGUUGACUACCAACAGUUUUUUCAUCAUGUGUAUUUUAUACUUGACACUGGAAGUAAAUCUGUUGUUUGAAGACCAAACUGACAUUUUACCAUAACUUGCUGCUGUAGUGUUGUGGGUUUGAAAUCUUUUAAUGAUAUGAAGUGAUUAUAAACCUGAAAUAUACAAAAUAAAAAUAUUGCACUGAUAA